UCCCUCUCUCCCCAAAUGUUCCACUUUUUCUCAUUCAUUUGCUUUUCGUGUGCUCUCUCUUUUCUCCUUUUUCACACAUCCUGCAUCUUUUCAUUGGGUCUCACCUGCUGUUCACUUGAUCUUACUGCCCAUGCAACCUAUGCCCUUUUCUUCUCGCCAUCUCACCUCUCGAUCUUUUAAUAAGCACCCUCUUCACACACUUUUCUUCUCCUCUUCACCUCCUGUUGUCUCCCUCUCCAACCCCCUGUAGCACCGGCCAUGACCUCAGCCACUCCCCCGUCCUCUGAAGGCUGCUCUCCUCAGAAAGUAUGCCACUCCCAGACGCAGACGGACAUCACCAAGCCCCUGCUGGGCUCCCCAGGAGGGACCGGAGGUGCUGGAGGAGGAACCGGACCCGGAGGGCCCAGCGCUCUGCGGAGGAGGCGCCGCGUCCUCUCGAAAGACGGGAGAAGUAACGUACGCAUCGAGCACGUAAGCGGGCGAGGGGCUCUGUACCUCCGCGACCUCUGGACGACCUUCCUGGACAUGCAGUGGCGCUACAAGUUCUUCCUCUUCUCCGCCACCUUCGCUGGGACCUGGUUCGCGUUCGGGGUGCUUUGGUACCUGGUUGCAUUGGUGCAUGGAGACCUCCAGGUUUGA